AUGCAGCAGCGCAUCAUGGAGCACGUGCGCGACUCAGUUGGAGCGCUGGGGGCUCCACCGGCAGGCGUCGACACCUCGGAAACUCUGCGGAGGCUUCGGGCGCCUGGCUUCUACGGUUCCGACGAGGGCGUGAAGCUGGGGAACUACAAUCCCGAGCUGCCCUCGCUGCCGUCCGUGGGGAGCCAUGCGGUUCCACUCGCGGACCUGCGGGGUGCAGGCGGGCGCAGGCGCGUCGCGGACAACGUCUGGCUUCGUGAGCCUGAUAACGUCGCGCUUUGUACUGGAGAGACCCUUGGGAGCCUCGAGGUCGGUGAAGACGAGACGCUAUAUAUUUCAGAAGCUGAUCUGUCUAUUGCAUUCUACCACCUGCAGCUGCCUGUCGAGUUGCGGAAUCUGUUCACCCUUAGGCGUGUUCGUGCUCGCGAUAUCGGUUUGACAGAGAUCGACGGGGUGCCGUAUGUCGACAACUUCGUGGCUACUUCGAUUGUCACCUCCGAGGUGCAUCGCCUCGCGUCCGCCGUCGUUGAGGGAUUCAGGGAGGCUGGGUGGGUCGUGGCCGCCGAUGUCGACUCGCCCGGGGAGGACCUCGCUCGUGACCGCGCCGUCUUGGGAUGGGACAUUAGCUGCCGG